ACUGUCCAAUCAAGGGCAUGCGUAUUUUUGUACUCUUCCUACUAUAAUUUCCAUUUUCAAUAACACCAAGUAUUUGCAGUAAAAAUUGAUUAAUUCUACCGAAUUCAUGCUCCUUUGUUUAGGGUAAGACACUUUAAUUAUCAGGCAAUCGGCCUGCCUGGCGAAAUUCUCGUUCCUGCACACCCACUAAUGCAAAGAACUGUAAACAGGGGAUUCCGCAGUUGUUUCCCUUCAACAAAACAUCCCAAUACUCUCUCAAGAUAUCAUAUCAUUAGCCCAAACAUUUGCAUUGAUAACGACAAUGUUAACAACUUUCCACAAAAUUCAAAUAUUGAAUACAACGCUGAUUUUGCCAUAUAUGAAGCCUCUAAAUUACUCCAAUCUGGAUUUGAACCAGACGGCUAUAACCUCACACACCUGCUGCUUCGAGCCUCGACUCAACUGGGCUUUGAUUCUUCUUGCCAACAACUUCACUGCUACAUUAUAAAAUCUGGGUUCGUCUCUGAUGUGUAUGUCUCAACCGCUUUAUUGGGAUUUUAUCGGAAAGUUUACUUAUUGAGUGAUGCUCAUAAAGUGUUUGAUGAAAUUCCUCAACCAAGUGUUGUUUCUUGGAAUUCUCUGAUUUCUGGGUAUGUGCAAUCCGGUCAAUAUCGCAAGGCUUUAGGCUUCUUUCUUGAACUUGAUCGGGAUACAGAAAUUUAUGCCAAUGCGUACUCCUUUACUGCGGCUUUAGCUGCUUGUGGACAAAUGAGGUUGUUGCAACUAGGUGCGAUGAUUCACUCAAAGAUUCUUCAAUAUGGCUUGGAAAAUGGUGUUGUUAUUGCGAAUUGCUUGAUUGAUAUGUAUGGAAAAUGUGGGUCUGUUGAAAAUGCAAUCCAGGUUUUUGAGGAGAUGAUUGAUAGGGACGUUAUUUCUUGGAAUUCAGUUAUAGCAGCAAGCGCUAGAAAUGGAAACCUUGAACAAGCAUUUGGUUUUUUCUAUCGGCUUCCUAAUCCUGAUACAAUCUCUUAUAAUGAAUUGAUAAAUGGCAUUGUUCAAUUUGGUGAUAUAAGAGAGGCUAUUAGUAUUUUCUCGAAUAUGCCAAAUCCAAAUUCAUCUUCAUGGAAUUCGAUUUUGACAGGAUACGUUAACAAAAAUCUACUUCCUGAAGCUCUAAAAUUUUUCAGUAAAAUGCAAGUCAAGAAUAUUCAAAUGGAUGAGUAUACAUUUUCAGUUGUUUUGAGUGGUAUUGCUGGUGCCUCAGCUUUAACAUGGGGAAUGUUGAUCCAUUGUUGCAGUGUUAAGCAAGGUUUGGAUACUUCAGUGGUUGUAGGGAGUGCUCUGAUUGAUGCGUACUCCAAAUGUGGGCAGGUGAAGAGUGCUGAAUCAAUAUUCCAAUUGCUACCCAAAAAGAAUUUGGUAACUUGGAAUGCAAUGAUCACUGGUUAUGCUCACAAUGGUGAUUGGACCAAGGUGAUCCAACUUUUUGAGCAAUUGAAAUUGGUGAGGGAUUUAAGACCCGAUUGUGUCACAUUUCUUAAUGUAUUAGCCGCAAGUUCACAUAAUGAUAUUCCAUUGCAUGAGGCAAACCAGUACUUUGAAUCAAUGAUUAGGGAUUACGGUAUUGAACCAACAGUUAAGCACUGUUGUUCCAUGGUUCGUCUCCUAGGACAGAGAGGAGAGGUUGUGAAGGCAGGGAGAAUGAUAUAUGAACUGGGUUUUGCAUCAUACGGGGUGCUUUGGAGAGCUUUACUUGGUGCUUAUGGAGCUUGUAAGGAUUUAGAGGUUGCAAAGUUUUUAGCUGCAAAGGUGAUUGUAUUGGACAGUCACCAUGAUUAUACUUAUGUUAUGAUAUCUAACAUAUUUGCAUGGCAUGGCAGAUGGAGGGAAGUGAGUAUGUUGAGAAAGUUUAUGCAGGAAAGGGGGCUGAGAAAAGAAGCUGGUUGUAGCUGGAUUGAGGUGGAAAAUGUCUUUGCAUAUUCAUCAAUGGUAAGAUGAGGAUGCUUAAAACUUGGCAUAUAAGACAUUAGCCAAGAAACACAUUAGGCGAUCUGAAACCAGUACACCCUGGUUGUAAUAUUGUUGAUGCCAUCAUGUGCAAUUUCUAAUGCAGUGAGGUGAUAGUUAAGACACCAGUCUGAUAGAAUUCAAGAAUGGAUCUAGUACUCGGAAACUGUUCAAUUAAUCAAAGGUAAAUUUGGCAAAGCUGAAAAGUAGGCUUCUUGAGGAUGUUGUUGUAGCAAAUAAAGUUCCUUCGGAAAGAUACAUCUCAUUUUUCAACGAAUUCUUUGGGGGCAAAAGUAAUCUCUCUAGCGUCAACUACUUGUGAAAUCCAGCCUAACAAUUUUUCUUGGUAUUUUUCUAUGGGUAGAAAUUGAGAAGAAAAUACCGCUGGACAUGCAUCAA